AUGGACACCGGUGCUGGCGAGUCUGCGCCGACCGGCAGCGUGGGCGUGGCGUGUGCGUGGAGCGACACCUCGGCCACGGGCGUCGUGGCGCGGCCCGACAGAGAGUUCCUUAAGGGACGCCUGAGGGCGCUGGAGGCGCGCGCCGAUGCUCUGCGCCAGAAAAGGCACCGCGUUGAUGAGCGCAGGUCGGCACGUGCGCUGGCCGCCGAGGCCGGCGGCGCUGCUGUGUACCCGGCUGCUGGCCCCGCCGCGCAGGGCCCAAUGCUGCAAGUGCCCCUCAUGGACCCCUCUGAGCUGCCGGCUAUCAGCACCGCUCCUGCCGUGGACGACAAGGGUGACAGCAGCCCCAUGGUCGACGGCGACGCGCGCAUGGCGCAGGCCGAGGCGCGAUUCAACGCACUGCUGUCAGAGAUUGUUGGCGGUGGGGCCGACGAAGCGGCAGCGCCGCCCACGCACGGCGAGGGCAUCAACGAGCGUGUGUUGGCGGCAACCAUAAACCAGCUGCUCACAGCAGCGACAGAGGUGCUGGAGCGGCAGGCCGCCUCGACGGCAGAGGUGGUGCUGGGCACCGGCGAGUGCGAGGCGCUGCACGCGGCUGCGCUGCUUGGGGAGCUCACGGCCGCCACUGCCGCCCUGGAGCGAGAGGUGGGCGUCGCCCCGAUCAGCACCAGCGACAACCUUCUUGCCAACAGCACAGGCGCCGCGGCCCCUGUUCCAGAGCUGCCAGAGCCCCCGACCCUGCACGACGCGACAGCCUCUGUACAGUGGCCACGCCACGAGGUGGAGACGCAGCCUGCAGAUAAGGGCGCUGCGCCUGACGGCACUGCGGCGCGCCGGUGGAGGUCUGUCGUGGGCCGCGUUCUGGCAGAAGCCUAUGCGGCAGAGGCGCGCUCGCCCCAGCGCGACGGCAGCCUGGUGUUUUCUGCGGCCAGCCUCAGUCUGGAGGUCGACACCCAGGAGCUGCUGCUGGCAGCACUGGAGCGCGCACGUGAAAGGCUCGCGCAGCAAACCUCCUGA